AUUAAGGCCCAAAAUCAUAUAGGUUUAACCUAGCAAAAUUUUUGACCAAAAAACCCUAGAAAACUUUGACUUUUUCCUUCUUGUUUAAUCUAGCACGCUGCUCGUUCAUCCUUCUUCUUCUUCACCGUCGCUUCACCUUCUACUGUGAUUCUUCAGCUGCAACCAUGGUGAGAGUCAGUGUGUUGAAUGAUGCUCUUAAAAGUAUGUACAAUGCUGAGAAAAGAGGAAAGCGUCAAGUCAUGAUUCGUCCAUCUUCCAAAGUCAUCAUCAAAUUCCUCAUCGUUAUGCAGAAGCACGGAUAUAUUGGAGAGUUUGAAUAUGUUGAUGACCACAGAUCUGGGAAAAUCGUUGUUGAAUUGAACGGUAGGCUGAAUAAAUGUGGUGUUAUUAGUCCCCGUUUUGAUGUUGGUGUCAAGGAGAUCGAAGGUUGGACUGCCAGGCUUCUUCCUUCCAGACAGUUUGGGUAUAUUGUUUUGACUACCUCUGCUGGCAUUAUGGAUCACGAAGAGGCUAGGAGAAAGAAUGUUGGUGGUAAGGUCCUAGGGUUUUUCUACUAGGCUAGUUUUGAGAGUCUUUAUAAUUUCAGAUUUUGAUUUACAUGAUGUAAUGGAGGAUAUGCAAUCAAGAAUUGCAGGAGCUGUUUGUACUUUUUUUUAAAAUUUUGUUUUGCAAACUUAAGUUUGUCACUAAUUUAUGGGACGUCUUCAUUAUUAUCUUUCUUACACUGAAA